AAGACUUCUGCAUGAUGGGGACACGCUUGAAGGUGCUCCGGGUGUUCAAAGAUCUGCACAGGACCAGAAGAGAUGUUUUUAGAGAUGAUAACAGAGCUCUGACAGCUGCCAGGGUUAAAAUAAAUGAAGAAUUUAAAAGAAACAAGAAUGAAACGUCAGAUGAUAAUAUUAAAGAGAUGCUUAAAAUGGCACGAGCGGUUGAGACCAUUCUUCGUGAAAGUGUAAUCCAGGCAGAGCAUGUGGAUGAAAAUAAAAUCGUGUUGCGGCCGCGGAAGAGUCUCCUGCUAGAAAACGUACCUUACUGUGAUGCACCCAGUAAAAAGACAUGACCCGGAUUUACCUGCAUGACCCAGGUCUAUCUGUGAUAUUGGACGAUGAAACGCAGUCAUAAAGAUGACUCAGUAUUCUUCCAUAUUUCAUUUCCACUGGAAUAUCACACACAAGCUACAAAAAACGUGUAUAUUUGGUGAGGCUGAUGUUAUUGUGCUCAAUAUAAAGCAUUGAAUUGCCACUUUGUAAAUAGCAUUUGUAUGGAUAAAAGUGUUGAAUAAACUGGAAAA